AUGGAUAUUAACCCUGGGGCAAAAUCUCAAAAAUUGCAUCGAGAUGACAAAAAUCACCAUGCUCGCCAUGCUAAAGCUGAGAGCUAUCAUGACAAUCGUGACAUGCUUUUUGGCUUAUUUGUUCCAGACUGUGACACAAGCCUGGAGAUCGGGGCUACUCGAGUUGUUCCCGGCAGCCAUCUUUGGGGAGAUGAAAAACCUGACUUUGAUCCCGAUGGCGACAAAGGGGUUUUUGAUGCUGAGCUCAGAGCAGGAGAGGCUUUCAUGAUGCUUGGGAGCUUAUAUCAUGGGGGAGGUGAAUUUCGAAACCUUCAGGCCAUCGAAUGA